AUGACGCAGUUCUGUAUGACUCGGUCGGAAAACUUUAAAAAAGAAAAGACGAACAGUUCAGAUCACGGUCUUCGCGAGGAGCAUAUGACCGGGAUAUCGGGCGAAGCCUCGAUGACGAUCACCAAAACUGAUGACAGUCAUCAUCAUCCAUGUUCUGCGGAUUUUACCGAUCCGGGCUGGGCUGGCGGAUCGAUCCACCGAUUGACAGUGGUCGUCAUUGACAUGGGCGAACACACUCGACGCCCCUGCUUAACUCCCCCCUCUCAGGCUCCAGCCAGUCAGCAACCAGCUCCGCAGAUCUCGACGCUCGUAGUCGUUCAGCGAUCAUCCCACUCUGACUCCUCCCACAUGUGA